AUGAAGUCGUUCUCUCGCGGUGACAUGCGGGGGUUCUACCUCUCCAUGCUCGUCAUGGUUACUGGCUUCAUGUCUGGCUACGAUACGGGCGUGGCCGGCGGAGUGCUGACCUUCUCAUCCUUCCAGAGGGACUUCGGCUUCCAAACCACACAACAGACGCAGGUCAACAGCUUCACAGUUGGCUUCCAGCAAAUCGGCAGCCUCCUUGCCUGCAUCGCCAUCUACCCUUUUACUGCGCGGUUUGGACGCAAGCGUGCCAUCCGACUCUCCGCCGUUGUAUUCCUCGUUGGCAUUGUGGCCGAGACGAUCGACACACAUGACCUGGGUUCCUGGUACGGAGGCCGGGCAGUUGCUGGCGUUGGCCAGGGCGCACUGUGCGUUAUUUCACCGAUGUACACGGCUGAGAUGGCCUCGGUCAAGAAUCGCGGUCGGAUGGGAAGUCUCUACCAGUGGAUGUUCACCGUCGGGAACCUGCUGAGCUACUGGACGGACUAUGGCGUGGCACUCCAUCUCGCCGGCAAGACGAUGGCCUGGCAGAUUCCCGUGGGUCUGCAGGCCUUCGCCGGCGCGGUUCUUCUCAUAAGCUCCUUCUGUAUUCCCGAAUCGGCGCGCUGGCUGAUCGGUCGCGACCGCCUCGACGAAGCCUGGAGCAGUCUGACGUGGAUUCGCGGGUCCACGGAGGGAGACGUCGAGGUCGAGUUCAACAAUAUGAAGCAAGGGAUCGCCGAGCAGAUUGCCCUGGCACGUACCGAGUCAGCAUGGAAGUCUAUGCUCCGGCCAGCAAACCGAAAGGCUCUCAUGCUCGGCUCCUUGGUCUUUAUUUUCCAGCAGGGCACAGGCUCCACGGGGUUGGCUUAUUUCGCACCCCAGUUCUUCCGCGCCUUGGUGGGAAGUGGCACCAAGAAUCUGUUCAUCACUGGGUUUUUUGGCGUUGCCAAAGUCCUGGCCUGCACCGCCUUCAUCCUAUUCGUCGCUGACAGAGUCGGGCGGCGCCCCGUCAUGACGGUUGGUGCUGGGGUGAUGGCCUCAUGCAUGCUCAUAACUGGGAUUAUCUUGAAGUACCACCCGGCCCCAGCGGAGGUGACAGACAACAUUCCCGCUUCUGGUUAUGUCACCAUUGCUUUGAUCUUUAUCAACAUCAUUGCCUACAACCUCUCGUGGGGCCCUAUUGCUUGGGUUUACGUGGGCGAGCUGUUCUCCCACACGAACCGUGAAUUCGGCAUCGCACUGAGUGUUGCUAUUCAAUGGGCCUUUUCAUUCACAUUCAGCAUUUCCACACCCUACAUGCUUGCUUCGAUGGGCUGGGGACUGUUUGUUUUCUAUGCUGUUUUCGACACUUUGACUGCCACAUCUUGCUGGUUCAUUUUCAAAGAGACAUCUAAGCUAGAGCUGGAGGGAAUCGUUGACGCACAGCAAGGUGAAGCGGAGUUGAAAGCUGUGAAGACGUCCCUGUCUGUUGAGAAGAAAGACAAAGAAUGA